CUCUGAAAUCUGGGGCAAAGCAAGAAUUGUCAGGAAGUAGUUUCUCCUGUUGCAAAACAAUGAUACUGCUUUCAGAGAGCUGCAGGGGAGAGUGACGGAGAAGUCCCUUUAAAUAAAAAAAGCGAAAUACAGUAUUGUGCAUCUUGAAAUCUGAAACCAAGAAACAGAACUGCAGGGGAAACAAGGGGAAAAAGUCUUGCAAUUUCAGAGGACAAUUGCUGCAAGUGGAGUUUAAGGAGCAAAAUAUAUGUAUAUACAUUUCAAAGCCAUUGAAUGGCAUUUUUGGAGAAGGCUGUGAAAUAAGGGAGCUUUGGAAGAAGAGAACUUUUUCCCCCCCUUUCUGGAUAUAAUGGCAAUUGCAAAGCAAAGAGUCUUGAGAUUUGGCUUUAGAUUUCUCUUCUUCGCAACGUUUGUAUUAGCCUGUGAUGGACAAGGUGGAAAAAAAGAGAACGGAGGUCCUGCUUGUUAUGGAGGAUUUGAUUUGUACUUCAUUUUAGACAAAUCAGGAAGCGUCCUGCACCACUGGAAUGAAAUCUAUUUUUUCGUAGAACAUCUUGCCCACAAGUUCAUAAGUCCCCAGCUGAGGAUGUCAUUCAUUGUUUUCUCAACUAGAGGCUCAACUCUAAUGAGGUUAACUGAAGACAGGGAUCAGAUACGUCAAGGCCUAGAAGAGCUGCAGAAAGUUCUGCCGGGAGGCGACACUUACAUGCACGAAGGAUUUGAAAGGGCAAGUGAACAGAUUUACUAUGAAAAUGUGCAAGGCUACAGAACUGCUAGUGUCAUCAUUGCACUGACGGAUGGCGAACUCCACGAAGACCUCUUCUUUUACGCUGAGCGUGAGGCUAAUCGAUCUCGUGACCUGGGAGCCACAGUGUACUGUGUUGGGGUGAAAGAUUUCAAUGAAACACAGCUGGCUCGAAUUGCUGACAGCAAGGAUCAUGUCUUCCCGGUGAAUGACGGCUUUGAAGCCCUGCAGGGGAUCAUAGAUUCUAUUUUGAAGAAAUCAUGUAUAGAGAUUCUUGCAGCGGAGCCUUCCAGUAUAUGUGCAGGAGAGUCAUUCCAAGUCGUGGUGAGAGGGAAUGGUUUCCGACACACCCGGAACGUCGAUCGAGUGCUCUGCAGCUUCAGGAUCAAUGAAACGGUUACUGUCAAUGAGAAACCUUUCGUGGUAGAAGAUACCUAUUUGCUCUGCCCAGCACCUGUAUUACGAGAAGUUGGCAUGGAGGCAGCUCUUCAGGUCAGCAUGAAUGACGGCCUCAGUUUCAUCUCAAGUUCUGUCAUCAUCUCCAGCACACACUGUUCUGAUGGGACCAUCCUGGCCAUCGCCUUGUUGAUCCUCUUUCUUCUCCUGAUGCUGGCUCUGCUCUGGUGGUUCUGGCCUCUCUGCUGCACAGUGAUUAUCAAAGAGCCCCCUCCACCCCCUGAAGAGGACAGUGAGGAAGAAGAUGACGAUGGCCUUCCUAAGAAGAAGUGGCCAACAGUCGAUGCUUCUUACUAUGGUGGGCGAGGUGUUGGUGGCAUUAAAAGGAUGGAGGUCCGCUGGGGAGAAAAGGGGUCCACAGAAGAAGGGGCUAAACUAGAGAAAGCCAAGAAUGCCAGAGUGAAGAUGCCAGAGCAAGAAUAUGAAUUCCCCGAACCCAGGAACCUGGGGAAUAGCAUGCGCAGGUCCUCUUCUCCCCGGAGGUGGUACACACCAAUCAAGGGCAAGUUGGAUGCUCUCUGGGUCCUGUUGCGGAAAGGCUAUGAUCGUGUGUCUGUGAUGCGCCCACAGCCUGGAGACCAGGGCCGCUGUAUCAAUUUCACCCGAGUGAAGAAUGCUGAGGCACCGCCGAAAUACCCACUCAACCACGCACACCCACCCUCCUCUCCGCCCCCUGCCCCGAUCUACAACCCUCCACCCCCUGCUCCGAUCUAUACCCCACCUCCUCCCAGUUCCCCCACUCCUCCCACCCCAUCCCCAUCGUCCACUCUCCCUCCACUGCCCCCGCCUCCCCAGGCCCCGGCCCCCAACCGAGCCCCUCCUCCCUCCAGGCCCCCCCCUCGCCCUUCCGUCUAGGGGCUCAGCCUUGUCCCUCUCUCUUCCAGAAGCAUUCAGAGGGCUCUUUCAGCAGUACUGUAACAAACCUGUCUUUGGGGGGGGGUUAUAGGAAGCCUUUACAUUCUGAAAUGGGUGACAAUAGAACAAACCACUUAUUAGUCUUUUUAUCUAUUUAUAUAUAAUCCCAUAAUGCAUCAGUCUCGCCAAACCAGCAAGGAGAGAAAAUCCAGGGGGCUGCAAAAAUGAGGCCACUGGAGAAACAUAUAUCACUAAUGUUCACUUCAGCCCUCCCAUCCUCUGUGAUUUACCACAGUGAUCCUAGAAGAAAUUGGAAAUUAGACUAGCUCUUAGAAAAUUCAGAGACUGCAGGGCAAUCCUCCACCGUGAAGGCCACAGCUGAAAGCUUCCUACAGACCAUGAGGACAUCACAAUGGGCUACUUUGCCACAACUGCGUGAGUUCUCUUCUUGUUGCAGUGCUUCAGAUUAAUAUGGAAAGCUGAUUAUUUCUCACAUGCCUGCGAACAGCAGGAUAAAAUAACGAGGAGUGUUAGAUCUUUGAUUUUGAAUCUGAAAAAAAAAAAGCAGCCAUCCCAAUGGACUUUGUUCUGGAGACUGAACGGGGCCAUCAUCCUUUAGUUCCCAAGAGGGCGUUGGAGUAGGUGUCUGGUGUAUGGAUUUGUGUACGUUGUUAUGUGGAAGUGUGGGUGAAUGAGGCUGAAGUACUACUAGAAAAAUGAAUUACAUGUAAAAGAAAAAGAAAACCUACAGGAGGGCUCCAACCCCACACCUGAAGAAGAAGAGUUCAUGAAAGAUCAGCCUUCCAUGUUCUCAGCAGGCUGUAGGGGUCCGGAGACCACUGAGCAAAGGAGCCUGUGGAAGAGAAGGUUGAAAGAAGAGUCGUUACAUUACGCUUCGCUAACGGUGCCUGUCUGAUGAGUGCAGCAGAGUAAUUCAGUGACCGUUUCCAUUUUAAAAUGAAGGUUUCUGAAACAGCUGAAGUGGGAAUGAGUGGUUGGUUCUAUUAAGUUUUUUUUUUAACUGCAAUCCCCUUAGGCUUCUUAAAUCCUGUAAUUGUCAUCAGUUUCACAGAAUCUCACCCCUGCCUUUUUUGUUUGCAAAUUGCCCCCUUCCGCCUUACCAACUUCUCUGCUUUGAUGUUUGUUUUCCUUUCCUGAAUAAGCAUUGGAUGUCUCCCAUACACUUUGUCAAAGGGACACAGUGCGGCUACAUCGUGCUCUUGUCACUUCCAUUAUCAGUUGUUGGCCAAGGCGAAGUCAUGCACAAAGUUGCCUGAGAUGGGAAUCAGUCUUCGAAGAAAUGCACUGGCUGCAUUUCUUCAUGUUUUCUCCUUCUUUUUAUUUUUUUCCCAGUGGUACCCUCCCCCCAUAGUUUACAAUACUGCGUAUGUACACGUUUUAACCUAUAGUAAACUUCCUGAGCACCUGCCUUUGUAACACAGUGCUAGAAAUAGACAAGAUCAAGAUUAAAGUCAAACCUCUGCCUCCCUAGUUUACUUUUAUGAUCAGCUCCCAUGACAUGAAUAUCUCCCUGGAAAUUGCCACAUCAUAAAGACAAAUCAUCUUUGUAGCUACAAUUCUAUGAAUAUCGAAGGGUUUUCAUACUCAUGUAAAGCAGGUGGUUUUUCAACCACAGAUACGCUUUGCCAAGUAGUUAUUCCAGUGUUGUUGGAAAUAUUGCUUUUCUAGGGGAAAAGGCUAUUCAAGAAAGAGGAACAGAGCAGAUAUAAAGAUAAAGACCCAGUCAAGGAACGAACUGGGAUAUUUUUUGUCAGGAACCUUUAUAAACAGUCCCUUCUAUCAGGCUCAGAUUCAGCCCAGUUGGCACUCACCAACCCUUUGGUCAGUGUGUCUUAUGUCAUAUGGAACAAAUGACUUCAUACAGGGAUCACAAUGUCUCUGAGGUCUGCAGCCAUGUGCGGGCUGUUCUGUGAAAGGGCCGAUGUAGCCACCAUCACAACUGUUUUGUCUGCAGGCAGCACAGAGCAGUCCCCACUUUUGACAUUCACUGGGUUAGACGGUACUCAGAUUGUAGCAGGUACUGGCCACGGUCGGUUCAACAAGACAACGUUAGGAUUGUCAAGUGGGACUGGAAAUCUUGGAAAGCCCUGCAAAGGUUUGGUUGGACUUCCCCUUGAGAUGGAUGCCAUCCAGUUAAAUAGCUGAAGAUGGAAAGUGUAAUAACUGGGAAUAGUGUAAUAACGUCCCACGGGAUUGCUAGGUAUUUCUCUUAACAGAUCCUCAACGGUACAAAAAAGUUUGGAAAGAAAAUUAUUUUUUAACCAAAUGACAUUAAAAAUAUCUUUUUUUAGUGUCAACCAGUAAAUCAGAACAACUGCUGGGGGAAAAUAAAUGAGUUUACUACUCUAAGACUAAAAGUAGUGUUUGCAGAUUCCUAUAAAAAAUUCUUUACCACAAUUUAAGAGGAAAAAGCCCCAACCCC